UUGCGUUUCUUUUUUGUAUAACUCUGAGUUAAUAUAUAUUCUCAUUGCGAACGUGUCGUUGCUUCUACUCGAUCGAUUUUUCAUAAAACAAUGACGUCGGAUAAUUAAUUUUUAUUUAAACAUCGUGUAAAUUUAAUUUUGCAAUAUAAAUUCGACCCUUGAAGGUUUUCUUCAAGGAAAUCAAGUGUUAUUUACUGGUAUCAACACUGACAUUUGACAUUGAGAAAGAUAAAAAUGGCCACUGCUCCUUUAAUUUUGGUGGAAGAAGACCUAGAGCGAGGUGGCAAAGAACAAUCCGAGCAUGAAAUACAGGAUGACUUUGCAUACAGAAAUAACGUGCAUAAUGCAGAUAUUAAGAUACGAAUGGGCUUCUUGCGGAAAGUUUAUGGUUUAUUGAGCAUUCAACUUCUGAUGACCGUCGCACUAGCUUCUGUAUUUGUGAUAAGCUCAACUGUGAAAUUAUAUGUGCAAAAUAAUGUAUGGACCAUAGGUUUGGCAUUUUUCUUGACAAUGGCAAUUUUAAUUGCUUUGAUGAUAAAAAGGAGGGAUCAUCCCACGAAUCUGAUCCUCCUAAGCACGUUUACAUUGGUGCAGGCGUAUACUAUUGGAGUUGUAGUGUCUAUGUAUGAUACUACGGUAGUUCUGGAAGCUCUGUUUAUCACACUUACAGUUUUACUCGGCUUAACUGCUUAUACUUUCCAAACUAAACGAGAUUUCUCGUUCUUAGGAUUCGGAUUGUUCAUCGGACUCUGGUGCCUUCUUAUCGGCGGUUUGUUGCAAAUCUUUCUUCAAAGCACCACUCUAGAAUUGGUUAUAAGUAUUGGAGGUGCGCUAUUGUUCUGCUUGUUCAUUGUUUUCGACACGCAACUUAUAAUGCACACUCUCUCGCCCGAGGAGUAUAUCUUGGCGACAAUUAACAUCUAUCUGGAUAUCAUCAACUUGUUUUUACAUAUACUACGGGCGCUUGCAAUCUCCAGGCAGUAAACAGUAUUACCAUAUAAGAUUCAGAGAGAUUUAAAAAA